GCGUGCGUGCGCGAACUUUCCAGCAGUUUCUGUGUACGCUGUCCUAACGUUCUAAAACAGUGGGUUACGAGAGUGGCCGUGCGGCUGUUUGGAUCGGUUUUUUGUUAAAGGGUUGAAAACACAUCUGUCAAGAUGUCUUAUAUGCUUCCUCAUUUACACAAUGGCUGGCAGGUCGACCAGGCCAUUCUGUCCGAAGAAGACCGUGCUCUUGUUAUUCGUUUUGGACACGACUGGGAUCCAACUUGCAUGAAGAUGGAUGAAGUUCUAUACAGCAUUGCUGAGAAGGUGAAGAACUUUGCUGUUAUUUAUCUUGUGGAUAUCACAGAAGUGCCCGAUUUCAACAAAAUGUAUGAGUUGUAUGACCCGUGUACUGUGAUGUUCUUCUUCAGGAACAAACACAUUAUGAUUGAUUUAGGAACGGGUAAUAACAACAAGAUAAACUGGGCAAUGGAAGACAAGCAGGAGAUGAUCGAUAUUGUAGAAACAGUUUACAGAGGUGCUCGAAAAGGCAGAGGUCUAGUGGUGUCUCCGAAAGACUACUCUACCAAGUACAGAUACUGAUACCUCUGCCUUUGAACAAAGACCUAGUACUUGAACUAUAAACUCAUCUUGACCUCAUGGGUGGUAUCAUAUUUAAAUGUAUGAACCUUGUUUUUUUUUUUUUUUUAUGAUACCUUCAAACAGGCCAUAUUAUUAUUAGCUUUACAAGCUUUCUAUCUACUGUGACAAGGUUACAUUUUGUUUUAAAAUACUACAUUUGUGUUAACAUGUAUGUUCAAUAAAUGUUUCUUUUUGAU